AUGAGCUCUGUUCCACGUUUUCUUGGUUACUCUGAAAAAACGCAAAGGGAACAUGAUCUCGUUCCUGGUGGCUAUGUCAAAUACCUGGUAUGGGAAAAGGUGCCUGGGGAGCCUCUUACAGAGGAAUUUUUCUGGAGUUUGGAUCCCCUUGUACGAGAGGAUAUCCGUGCCAAGUUUCGUGUUGCCUUUGAAGAGAUGCUGCGUUGCGGUGUAAAACCACAGGAGUCGAGAAUCUCGAAACUUAUAUAUGAUCAGUCCACUGGCAAUGUUCGCAUUUCGAGGCUUCGAAGAGGAUGGCCAAUCCGUGAUAAACUUCAAUGGUCAGACACCCGUUAUGUCGCGUACAAGCUGGCUAAGCGACCCGACGAGAGGGAUUGGCGUUCUCGCCCGGAGAAAUGGGAGUUAUGA